UCCAGCGUAGCGGAGAAACACCUCAGUGGGCGCAGAAGCCGGGGCCGCGGGUCCUGAGCCGGAAAUCUACGGGCCCAGCUGUCUGAGGAGGGGACGGGAUGGCAGACAGCGGGCCCCGGUUUCCUCCCCUGCUCGGGAUGAACAUGUCACGGACAGAAGCGAAGCAGCUGCUGUGUCCUGACGGGACCCCGUGGAUCUGGCAGCUGCUGGAGCAGUGUGUGCGGGACGCCUGGGAGUACUGGAGCGUGGUCAUAGGGCUCGUCUCCAUCGGCUGCUUCUUGUUUGCGGCAUUGCCCCAGCUGUAUGUUGCCCACAAGAAUGGAAGAGUCGAUCAAGCGCUUUCUCUUGGAUUUUUGUUAUGUUGGUUAGGAGGAGACUUUACUAAUUUUAUCGGCUGCUAUUUGACCAAACAGCUACCAAUCCAGAUUGUCACGGCCAUUUUUUAUGUCAACAUGGAUAUAAUUAUGAUAUCACAGUUUGCCUACUACAAAUUGAAAAACAAGAAGAUGAAAGGAAGUGGAAGUCUGAAAGGUUUUUGUAUAGGUUGGGUUGUUUUGUGCAUCACGUUGUCAGUUAUACUCCCUAGUCAGCUACUUCUGAGGACUCUAGAAAGAAAUGCUGAUCUGGAAGUAAACCAGAAUUCUCUUGGAAUCACAGAGAUGUCCGGGUUCAUUUGUGGCUAUGUUUCUUCUGUAUUUUAUUUGGGCUCACGUUUCCCUCAACUCCAUAAGAAUUUUCAGAGGAAAUCUACAGAGGGCACCUCCUAUAUGCUAUUUGCAUUAGCAAUGCUUGGAAACUUUACAUACGGGUUGAGUCUUGUCUUGAAGUUGCCUGCAGUUCAACACAAUAAGAACCGCUAUAUACUACACCAUUUGCCCUGGCUGAUUGGAAGCUUUGGUGUACUUGUGCUUGACUUCUUUAUGACAGCACAGUUCAUUCUCUAUCGAAAGCACAAGACCACACAGUCUCACUUACUGGCACUGGAAGUAGAGCCGUUGCUUGUGGAUGAAGUUGAAACCUAACCCCUCGGACCAACCUGCUCCACUCAUUUUUUCCUUCAUGUAUUUGGUUUACAUUUUUAUUUGCUUGAAGACUUAUUUUCGUGAAAUUUUUCGAUCACUGUAUUUCUGAGGGACCAAAGUUUUUCAUGAACGAUCACUCUUUUUUUGUUACAUAAAAUUUCCAGAAUAUCCAGGGACCCAAACUACUCGUUGCCAUUAUCAUUGCUGCUUUUAACUUGUUGUUUUUUUUUUUUUUUUUUUUUUUUUUUGUGAGACUGUUACCAAAGUAAAGGGUGUAUUAGAUGGGCAGAUUUUCUGCCCAAUGAACACUAAUGAACAUUCGGAUCAACGCUCGCUAGCGAUGAUCUUGCAGUGUAAUGCUACCGCCGAUUGCAUGAUGAACGAGCAAUCCAGAUCAGAAUUGGCAGGCGGGAGAUCGUGCUAAUAACAACCUGCCAACGGCAAACCAGUGUACAGCAUGGGGGUAGCAAUGGCCUAGCGAUCGCUCCUCCCUAUGUUGCUGAGAAGAUCGCUGCAUGUAAUAGCAGUGGUCACCUCAGCAAACAGGCAAUUGUCAGGAGGGAACGCUCCCCUCCUGACAAUCGUCUGCAUGAUUGGGGUGUCUAAUAGACAACAUUUGUAUCAGGGUAUUUUUUGGAAAACUUCUUUUUUUUUGUGGAGAAUUUGUGGCUUAGACCAUUGAAUAUUAAAUAUAAAUAUUGUCCGCCUGUCAUCACAGAGCGAUAAACCUUCUAUAUAGAUAGUAAACUGAUAAUGAAUUACCUUCUGCUGUGAAGGAAAUGUGUUACCUGCUAAUAUAAUAGUAUGUAUAGAAUUGACAUGACAGUCCGUUAGUGGUGUUCUCUUGAUAGGCCUACAGAAUAGCACUGUAGGCCUGAUCAGUGUGAUGCUCUAAUUACCGGUAAGUCACCACAGGGGGGGUGCUCCUUUUGGUGUCAGCUGGUCUGACUGAGAAUUUCUGAAAACAUACUAAAAGUCCAAGCAAAGUGGACGUUAAAGAGCCGGAACAUGAAGUGACUUUGAAUUAGAUCCAGAAAACCAUUCACCAGUUGUUUUUUGUUGUUGUGUUUUUUUUACAUAGAAUAUUUACAUAUAGGGU